CACAACCUUGCUUAACAAAUAGAGUCAUAUCUAGCUACCUAACCACACUCACCUUAGCUACCUAACCACACUCACCUUGGUCCCGGUCGAACUCCGGCGAGCAAUCUCUGCGCUCCGCCGGUUUCCAUAUGAGCGCGGCGAUGCUGACCUAGCUCGUAGCUAGGUCACAACACAAGAAAGCAUCUCAAGGUGAACGACAUAUAUACGACAGUGUCAUCCUUCCAUGCGUUGUUCUGCUCUCAUACACAAGUCGGGCAAAACACCUGGGAGCCACUAGCCCACUGCAUACCGAUCCUCACGUGCCGAUCGAGGACCGUCGUCGGGCAAGAAGGAGCAGUGGGCCGCAAACGGCGAUCGACUUGCACAGGAAAGUACCACGACGCAGAGGGUGCACGGGCGGUCCAGCCCGACGCGGUUCAAGACUUGCAAGAAGGUCACGAGCUGUUCCUAGCCUGUUCGAUCUUGACUUCUAUAUUAUUCUAUGUGUGCAGGUGCAGCACGUACCGUCGCGCCUACCAUCCCGGUCGACGUCGACGACGGAGACGAUGACCGGUUCUCCUAAGAAGACGCCACGGCGGUCGGCUCCGGCGAUGCUGUCUCAGGGAGAGCUCCAAGCUCCAACCACGACGACCAUGGCUGAUGAGGUCAAGAUCCAGAUCAAGGAAGAGCACCCGGUGUCCGUAGUCGAGACGACCGUGCCCACUGACAAGGAUCCAAGGCAGGCUUCGAGUUCAUCAUCUGUCGAGCCGGAGAGAGCUGCGGAGGAGACGGAGAGGCCUGCAUCAGGAGCACCUGCCACACAAGACCAGCAGGAUGAGACAAGCUCCGCGGGGACGGGGGACGAACAACGUGGCACGGCCAAGGGCGAGAGAGACAUCCAGCUCGGCGCAGUGGUGGCCGUCCUCUCCUUCGCCGUGAUGCUCCCCGGUCUCUCCUUCAGUUCGGCGGUGGCGAAGGGGGCGGACAACUGGCGCCUCGACAUCCUCAUGUUCUUCGCGUUCGCUUCUUGCGUCUGCGGCCUAUCGUUCAUGCUCCUGAGCGUGCAGCUGCUGGGGGCGGCCUCGGAGUUCCGUGUCUCCUACCACCGGGCCAUCUCUCGGUGCCUCUUCUACGCCUGCAUCGCCUUGCCGGCGGUAACACUGCUCAGCCUGCUGCUGGUCAUGCCGUUCAAGCUUUACCUCUACGUUGGCCUCGCCGUGCCCCCGUUAGUGGCGGCGACCGUCGCCGCCGUCCACUGGUACGUGAACAGCGGCAGGAGUGAGGGAGCAGCGCAGCCGGACGACGCGACCGAGUCGACGGAGCAGGAGAAGGAGCUGGAAGCCAACUCAAAGAUCACCGGGGCCCUUAUGGCCUCGUCGUUCGGGGGCCUCGUCGGGACGCUCGGAGCCCUGGACAAGCAAUCAGGAGACACCGCCGGCGACACCCUCCGCGGCACCCAUGUUGCCGUCAUGUUCAUGUUCAGCACAGCCGUGACGAGCGUUCUCCUGAUGGUUCUUUCGAUGGUGGCGCUGAAGAUUGAGAGCAGGCUGCGCAGGCGGUCCGUCGUCGGAGCGAUCAGGCACGCAAACGUCAUUCUCCUCUGCCUGCUCGCCGUUGCCGCAUUCUCGGCGGCGUUCGUGGUCCUCAGGUUCUACAUGCUCAGCGCGUUCACCUCCCUGGCCCUCGCUGCCGUCGUCCACUUCAUCCAGCAUUGCGCACCUGCCAAUGGCGCCGAUGAUGGUGACGAACCGGAGAGAGGCCAGAAGAAAGGCCGGCAAGAUGUGCAGCCGGCUGACCUGGACCCGAUCCGAGAGAAGCAGCUGGGGUGGAUGGCUGACAUAGGGAAGCAGGUGACCGCGUGGUCGCUGGGAGGAGUCAUGGCGAUCUUUGGACGCUUCAUCGGGGAUUCCGACAGGAACCACGCCAAGACGGCGGCGAACAAGACCUGCAUGUUCCUGCUGACCUCGGCGUUCGCGUCAGGGCUCGGGCUCAUGUUCCUGAUGAGCUUCCGGUCGGGCGGUCCGGCCAGGGGUGGCUUCAGCGCGGCCACCAACAUACUGGCCUGCGCCGCCCUGGGGAUGAUUGCAGCUGCCGCGCUUGCCAUCUAUGGCGUGGUGGUCAUGAAGUCGUAGGCGAUGAAGAACCUCAUUUUAAUUCUGUAGUAUUCUUUAUUCUUUAAUCCGAUGACAAGGAUGGACGGCUAAGUAUGGCUUCUUACUGCAUCCUGUAUUCUUUAAUUCGAUCUGAUAUAAUUCUGAUGUCCCGAGCGAGUGAUCAUGGAACAAACAAA